AUGACAUCCCCAUUGCAUUCCGUCAAAGUGUUCGACGAGACCGUGGCCGCAGACGACAACCCCUGCGCGGCGUCCUUCUCCGAGAACCACUUUGGCCUGCGUAUCGGCGCAAUCUUCAUCAUCCUGGUCACCUCGGUGAUUGGAACGCUCCUGCCCAUCGUCCUGCGCCAGAGCAACAUUGUGCCCCGCGCAGCGUUUGAUUUUGCAAAAUACUUUGGCUCGGGCGUCAUCAUCGCCACGGCGUUCAUCCACCUGCUGGCCCCUGCGUUCGAGGAGCUGGGGUCGGAAUGCCUCUCGGGGACAUGGACAGAAUACAGCUGGGCGCCUGCGAUCGCCAUGAUUGCCGUCUUCUUCAUGUUCUUCGCCGAGGUCGCCGCGUACCGCACGGGCACGCAAAAGCUGAUGCGCCUGGGUGUCGAGUACUCGUCGCACGCCGGCGACGAGACGGACGCGCACGCCCACUCGCACAACCACGACCCGCCGCUCGACAUUGACACGUCGGCGCCCGAACACCCCGGUCACGUCCACCCAUCGGGCAUCCCGGCCGCGACGGCAAACGACGGCGUCGACCACCACAUCCACCUCCCUGCCAACCCGCUCUCGCACACGUUGUCCCACUCGCACGCGCACACCCCGCACGCCCACGUCCAGGCCCAGGCCAAGGCCAACGGUCACGGGCACAGCCACGGACACGGACACGGACAUGGCCACGGCCACGGCCACAAGCACGAGAAGCGCGACAAGGACCCCGAGUCGCUGUCCGACUCGAGCUCGCUGGGCCAGGGCCCGUCCGAGGCCGAGACGGCCGCGCAGCUCGUCGCCGUCGGCGUGCUCGAGUUUGGCGUCAUCCUCCACUCGAUCAUCAUCGGCCUGACCCUCGCCGUCAGUGACGAAUUUAUCAUCCUGUUCAUUGUCAUCAUCUUCCACCAAAUGUUCGAGGGCCUCGGUCUCGGCUCGCGUCUCGCGGGCCUCCAGCUGCCCGACCGCAUGUGGUACGCGCGCUACGCCGCCGCGGUCCUGUACGCCAUCUGCACGCCCAUCGGCGUCGCUGUCGGCCUGGGAAUCCGCUCGAGCUACAACGGCAACGGCCAGGCAGCCAUGAUCGUCACGGGUAUCCUGGACGCGACGUCGGCCGGCAUCCUGCUGUACACGGGCCUCGUCGAGCUGCUCGCCCACGAGAUCCUGCUCAACCCGCGCAUGAUGAAGAGCAGCAACAAGAAGCUCGCGUACGUGUUCACGUGCAUGAGCCUCGGCGCCGGCAUCAUGGCCCUGCUUGGCCGGUGGGCUUAG